CAAAAUUCGUUUCUUUCAUAUUAUUACAACGUACUAAUAUUCUCAUUCUCAUUCUUUCAAGCCCUAAAAAAAAUCAUCUUCAAAUCCCCUAACGAAACCACCACGAAACUUCACUACAAGAAUCUCUAAAUCUUCGUAUAUGAUUCGCAAUCGCCACCGCAAGCAUCAAUUUUCCGCAAAAAGCACUCUGUUUCGACAUCUUACAUCUUCAUAACAGUUUCAUGCGAUCACACUGUAUGAAAAGUUGCUUUAAAUUCAAUCAAUCUGUCUGUUAUUGUUGCCAAAUUAGGGUUUUGUCGUUGUUUUGUGUAAAUGUAUGCUAGAAGAGCCUGAAAUCGAGGAAUUUGUUCAUGAUUGCUGUGGAAUUAGGGUUUUAUCGUUGUUUUGUACUGGAUGUUACGUUAUAUAGUGUAAAUGUACGGUAGAAGAGGCCUAGGGUUUCCGUCACCGGUGGUUGUGGUGGCGGUGGUGGUUGUGGUGGUGAUUGUGGUUGUUUUUAGGUGGAAGUGGCGGCAGGCCGUGGUGAGGAGUGAGGAGGUUAGGAGGCUGUUGGUUUCGGCUUCGGAGGAGUCGAGUAGGGUUGAAUUUGAGGCGAAAGAGGAGUGUUAUUAUGUUGGAAACGUCGCGCCUGUGGCUAGGGUUUCGGUUUCGAGUUACGGGUCUGGUCGGGUUGGUUUGCCGGUGAAAGCGGUGUAUCAGUGUGCUGUUUGCUUUCGUCCUACUAAUACACGGUGUGCCAAGUGUAAAGCUGUUCGCUACUGCUCUGGCAAAUGUCAAAUUGUUCAUUGGAGACAAGGUCACAAAGAGGAGUGUCGCCCUUAUGUUGCUGUCACUCAAAUCAACAACGCACGACACAGCUCUAACAGGCAAGGCGACCAUAAAGAUCACAGUGACAGCUUUGAUACUGAAGCUAAGCAAACUGCUACACCAGCUGAACCGAAGUCACCCUUGUCAUAUGAGGGACCAUUUGUUUUCUCUACGCCUACCAAUUUCUCUACAGGUGUUACCUUUGAGAACCUUGAGACAGUGAAAUCGGCACAUGGGAUUCCGCUCAGCCCUGCAAGAAAGUCAACCGGUUUAUCAGAUAACAAUAAGAAAACAUCUAUCCUUAGCGAUGAAGAUAAUUCAUCGUUUUGGACUGAUAAUGGCUCUAACAAUCAGAAGACAUCUAUUCUUAGUGAUGAAGAUACUCGGUCUGGGACUUCGAAUUCAUCCUUUUGGACCGAUGAGGGCUCUAACGAGUCUUCUUUACCUUCUGAUGUUUCUUCUCAUCAUGCUUCUACUGCUGCAAGGUAUUCAGAGGUUCCUGGGAAGUCAGAUGUUUUCUGUAACACGAGCACGGCUCCCGACAUGUCUAAAUCUAGUGAGGUAGUUUCAUCAUCAGCCAAAGCUUCAGAUGCUUAUUCAACAACUGUCACUAGUGGAAGCAUAUCUCAUAGUACGAAGCCCGUGAAGGUCGUUGAUGAUGACAACCGUAAUAUUGCUACUUGUUCAUCCCAGUUGACAGAAGCUUCUAAGUUCAGGGAAUCAAAAAAUUCUCUAUCUGAUGUUCCUUCACAUCGCGCUUCUACUGCUGAACGAUAUUCAAAGGUCUCUGAGAAGACGAAUGAUGUUUCAUCAUCAACCAAAGCUUCAGAUGCUUAUUCAACAACUGUCACUAGUGGAAGCAUAUCUCGUAGUACAAAGCCCGUGAAGGUCGUUGAUGAUGACAACCAUAAUAUCGCUACUUGUUCAUCCCAGUUGACAGAAGCUUCUAAGUUCAGGGAAUCAAAAAAUUCUUUGUCUGAUGUUCCUUCUCAUCGAGCUUCUACUGCUGAACGAUAUUCAAAGGUCUCUGAGAAGUCGAAUGAUGUUUCAUCAUCAACCAAAGCUUCAGAUACUUAUUCAACAACUGUCACUAGUGGAAACAUAUCUCAUAGUACGAAGCCCGUGAAGUUCGUUGAUGAUGACAACCAUAAUAUCGCUACUUGUUCAUCCCAGUUGACUCAAGCUUCCAAGUUCAGGGAAUCAAAAAAUUCUUUGUCUGAUGUUCCUUCUCAUCGAGCUUCUACUGCUGAACGAUAUUCAAAGGUCUCUGAGAAGUCGAAUGAUGUUUUCUGUAACAAGAGCACGACUCCUGACACGUCUAAAUCUAGGGAUGUGGUUUCAUCAUCACCCAGAGCUUCAGAUACUUAUCUAACAACUGUUACCAGUAGAAAUACAUCUCAUAGGACAAAGCCUAUGAAGGUCGUUGACGAUGUUGGCCACAGCCAUAGGACCACUACUUCUGCAUCCCAGUUGGCAGAAGCUUCUAGAAGCGGAACAAAGACAUCCAAAUCAAAAGUUGUUGAUUACCUCAAGUCCUCCAAGUUGUCUCGUCAGGAGUCAUUAGAGGGACUAAAUAACACAUCUCCCAACUACAGUUUUAAGGGUCUUUUUCCAUAUGAAAUGUUUAUUAAGCUAUACAAUUGGAAACACGUUGAAUUGCAGCCUUGUGGUCUCAAAAAUUGUGGAAACAGCUGUUACGCCAAUGCUGUGCUGCAAUGCUUGAUAUACACUCCACCUCUGACUGCCUAUCUUCUUGAAGGACUUCAUUCCAAAGCAUGCGACAAGAGAGGAUGGUGUUUCACAUGUGAAUUUGAAAGCCUUGUUAAGAAAGCAAAGGAUGGGAUCUCUCCACUAUCUCCUAUUCGCAUGCUUACACAUAUUGAAAACGUUGGAAGCAAUUUAGGCCAUGGGAAAGAAGAAGAUGCUCAUGAAUUUUUAAGGUAUGUUAUUGACGCUUUGCAAUCAGUUUGCAUUAAGGAAUCGAAAAGAAAGUCUUUGAACUCUUUAGAAGAAGAAACAACUCUCAUCGGACUUACCUUUGGGGGUUAUCUACGGUCAAAGAUAAUGUGCAUGAAGUGUGGAGGCAAAUCUGAGCAACAUGAGAGGAUGAUGGAUCUCACUGUGGAGAUAGAAGGUGAUGUAAGAACAUUAGAAGAGGCUUUGUAUAUGUUCACAUCUACUGAGAUUUUGGAUGGUGAAAACAAGUAUAAAUGCAACAGGUGCAAAUCCUAUGAGAAAGCGAAAAAGAAGUUUACGUUACUUGAGGCUCCUAAUGUGCUUACUAUUGCAUUGAAACGUUUUCAGUCUGGUAAAUUUGGAAAGCUCAACAAAUCAGUUCGCUUUCCAGAGAUUCUUGACAUGGCUCCUUAUGUCAGUGGCACAAGUGAUAAGUCCCCAAUUUACAGUCUAUAUGGAGUGGUGGUUCAUGUAGAUACGAUGAAUGCUGCAUUUUCUGGUCAUUAUGUUAGCUAUGUUAAGAAUUUUCAGAAUCGAUGGUUCAAGUUCGAUGACAGCAUUGUAAAAGAGGUGGAUCUUCACCAUGUGCUGACAAAAGGAGCAUACAUGCUUCUAUAUGCAAGGUGCUCACCGCGGGCCCCUCGGUCAAUCCGCAGCUCAAUAAUUCACCACCACCACCACCAUGACCCAAGGAAGCAAGAAAUACCACCGUCAUUCGUAUCAAAACCUCACUCCAUCGCCCCAUGGGAGACACACAGUUAUCAGCCGCCGCCUGUCCACCACCGCAGCCUCGAGGAGGAAUCUUUCUCAAGUGACAACUCAGGAUUCUUCUCUGAGUCUUGCUCUUGCAGCACUGAUAGCACCUACAGAGACUUGAGCAGCAUCGAAGAUCACAUUCCUGGCGACUGGGAACCCGAUUACCAUAAAACCACCAACUUCAAUUCCUCAGAUUCUGACACCUCGUCAUCCUCUUCCUUCCCCUCACCCUUGUACUCCAGGCUUUCUCAGUUGUACUCUUCAACUGCAAACGCCGAGGAAGAUCGCAAGUUAAGUAAGGUAUGUAGAAACUUAGGCUGUAGUUGUAAUAGUUGUAGGUUAACUAACUGUGAUAGAUUAGGAGGGCGGGCUACUUACCUGCCCUCGAGACCAAGUGUAACCUUGAGAAGAUAAGCGACACGAUGAAAAUCAAACUAAAAAAACCCUUUAUUUAAAGAGGGUUUUGAGUAAAAAAUGGGGGAGGGGUAAGGGUUGGGGGUGAGUGUAUCUAUAAGCUGUAUGUAUUCUAGUUUCAUAAAGGUGUUAAUGUACUAAACCGUCAACAUUUUGUCACUCUCUUCCCCUUUUAUAAUAUAUAUACAAAUUGUUGUUUCU